GCUCCUCCUCCUGGCAGGCUGCCGCCCAGUCAGCUGACGUCGUGCUCCAGUCUCGCCUCCCCGCCACUCUCCCCCAAAGUGGCUGCUGGGCGCCGGCGGCCGCCCACUUUCAGGCUUUGGGGAGACAGGGAAAGGGAUGUGCGCCUUCUGACGUCCGGUCUUACUGCAUCGCCUUGUCAACUUUCACUCCCCCACUCUCUGUCCUGACCCUCUCCACAUCCCUCCUCGAAGCCACUCAGGGUGCUGUGCAGGCUCUGGGGGCAGCAGGGUUGCUGUCUGUCUGGGAUGGCUUCCAAUUUUAAUGAUAUAGUGAAGCAGGGGUACGUGAGGAUCCGGAGCAGACGCCUAGGGAUUUACCAACGAUGCUGGUUAGUGUUCAAGAAAGCGUCAAGCAAGGGUCCAAAAAGGCUGGAGAAGUUCUCAGACGAGCGUGCUGCUUACUUCAGGUGUUACCACAAGGUUACAGAACUCAACAAUGUGAAAAACGUAGCCCGACUGCCAAAGAGCACCAAGAAGCAUGCUAUAGGGAUUUAUUUCAAUGAUGACACCUCAAAGACCUUUGCUUGUGAAUCAGAUCUUGAGGCAGAUGAGUGGUGCAAAGUUCUCCAGAUGGAGUGUGUGGGGACCAGAAUCAAUGACAUCAGCCUCGGAGAGCCUGACUUGUUGGCUACUGGGGUGGAACGAGAGCAGAGUGAGAGAUUCAAUGUGUAUUUGAUGCCAUCUCCUAACUUAGAUGUACAUGGCGAAUGUGCCUUGCAGAUUACAUAUGAGUACAUCUGUCUUUGGGACAUCCAGAAUCCCAGAGUCAAACUCAUCUCUUGGCCGCUAAGUGCCCUGCGGCGGUAUGGACGUGACACCACGUGGUUCACUUUUGAGGCAGGGAGGAUGUGUGAGACUGGUGAAGGGCUAUUUAUCUUUCAAACACGAGACGGCGAGGCCAUCUACCAGAAGGUCCAUUCUGCUGCACUGGCCAUAGCUGAGCAGCAGGAGCGCUUGCUGCAGAGUGUGAAAAAUUCAAUGCUUCAGAUGAAGAUGAGUGAGCGGGCCGCCUCACUGAACACCGUGGUGCCCCUGCCCCGCAGUGCCUACUGGCAGCACAUCACAAGGCAGCACAGCACAGGGCAGCUGUACCACCUGCAAGAUGUCACCAGCCCUCUGAAGCUUCAUCGGACAGAGACUUUUCCCACCUACCGGUCUGAGCACUGACAGCAACUGCCAAGAGCUGUUAGCACAUGUGUGCUGCGCCAGCCACAGAUCCACGCAGGAGGACACAGAGGAACAGCCAGGGAGAGCACAAAGUGAAGAGCAGCUUCGCGUCCUGCUAAUGUGUGUGGCCAUGGGAAACACUGCGAUACAACAUAUGUAUAUAUAUAUAUUUUUUCCCUUCUGUUUUUCUUUUUCUAAAGACACAGUCCUAGCCUCGCCAAAAAUGCUGGAUAAUAUUGACCCACCCCGUGUUUACAGCUCAGACAGAAGGAGUCAGUGUCACUGCUACAGACUGGUUUUCUAUUGUAGACAAGGUCCUCCUUGCGCAUCUUUGAGUCUGUCCUUUUGUGGAUUUGUGUGAUUUUCCUUGUAAAUGUUUCAGUUGUAUGACAGUCAAUAUGGACAAUAAAAUGCCUCUUCAUUAUU